AUGGUGCCGCAACCCCAGCACCUCUCGGCCGGCCAGCGCGGCAGCCAGGCGCGGACCCCAUCACCCCUGGCUCGCAAUGCUGCUGCAGGGCCAGCCCGUCGACCCGCCGCCCACGCCCUACAGGAGGCCAGCGGUGCCACUCCCAACUUUGAGCUGCCAACCAACCCUAUGUUCGCGGACGUCGAUCGCUGGGACGCCGAGGCGUCGACCAGCCAGCAACCCUCUACCUCGUCCCCCUUCGACUCGAGGUCCCGAUCGGUGCCUCCUCUCGCAUUCGACGGCGGCGCAUCGCUGUCGGACCGUCGGCAAAAGGCUGCCACCCGCAAGCUCCCUCCAAUAGACACGGUGCAGCGGCCCGGGUCAAAGAGGCGCAGCCUCUUUGGCGAAUCUGAGAAGCGUCCAGCGAGCCCUCACAUCACCUCGGCCACGCCCACUAGCGCGAGCCAUCACCACGCCGCGCGCGGCGGACCCGUCCAACGGAUCGCAUCGCCACAUGAUGACGUUGGCGGUGAGAGUUUCACAAUCGAACAGGCGCUCAUGCCGCGGCGCAGCUCCACGAUGACACCUCCCGUCAGGCAGACGAGCCUCAGCCGUGUCGCCGCCAACACGGCGCACUCGCUCAUGGACGCCGUCACCGGCCGGAUGUCGCCCGCGGUGCGCCACGGCCACGGCCACAGCCAUAGCUCGAAGCUAUCGGACCGCGAGAGUAUCAGCGACGACGAGGCCGGCAAGGGCCACGGGAAACGGGCAGCGGGCCGCUUCACGCCGACCGUCUACCGCAACCGCAAUGAGGCGUUCAGCGCCUACCCUCGCGGCGAAAAGUCGGCAAUGGUGUCGUUCCAGGAUGACGCCGGGAGCGAUGCAAAGUACCCGCACCUGGUGGCCGAGCCGGACGAGCUCGGCGAGGGCUUUGGUGGUCAAACCUCGUGGCGCGCCUCGCUGUCCGAGUCUCGGCGCGCGACACCCGCCGCCUACCGGCCGCGCCCGGGCACGCCGAGGAAGCGAGGCAGCGGAGGGCACGCCGAUGAUUCGACCGACGUUGUGCUGCCCGCGUCGCAGUCGUCGUCGCACUCGAUCCACAUCGGCUCGCCCAUCGUGGUGCCGCAAGCCCGGCGCGGUGCGAUCCGCCUCAAGCCGCGCAGGCGUCGGCGCUCGUCGCGCUCGUCGAGGGCGGACCUGACGUUCAGGCAGCGCUGCUACAUGUUUUGUGCCAGCGUCGCGGGCUUCCUGCGGCUGCUGGCCAACCCUGUCGAGGCGGGUCAUCGGUUGCGAGAGUGGCUGGUGGACACCAGGAUCUACUGGGACGACGCGUUUCGCGAUCCGAUUACCGGCGCGCGGUGCUGGCGUCCCGCGUGGUUGCAGGCGUACGUGCCGCUUCUCAUCUGGCUCGGCAUCAGCCUGUCGAGCACGGCCAUGGUCAUCACGUUCCACACCGAGGUCUUCACCGGCCUUGAUCGCUUGGCCGCCUACCUGCAGGAGCUAGGCCUCCGCGGACGGCUGCUACUGGGCUCUCUGAUCUUCAUCACCACGUUCCCGCCACUUCCUCUCUACUCGACGCUCAUCAUCCUAUGCGGCUUCUCGUUUGGUCUCUGGCAAGGUUUCAUCAUCAGCUACAUCUCGGCACUCUCUGGUGCCAUUGUCGUGUUCCUGCUAAGCCGGUCGCUGCUCAAGGACUGGAUGGUCGGGCUGCUCAACCAGAGUGGUGGCCUGAAAAAGGUGGUGCGAGCGAUUGAGAAGCAGCCAAAGCUCCUCUUUCUGGUCAGGCUGGCGCCGUACCCGUACAAUCUGAUGAACACGCUUCUGGCGAGCUCGCAGACGCUGACGCUCAAGACGUACACGACGUGCACGGCGCUGGCGCUACCAAAGCUGCUGGUGCACACGGGCCUGGGCACCUCGAUCAAGAACUUUGCGGCCUACAACGGUGUCGAGAACGGCAGCGGCAGCGAUGGCGACGCCAACGGCGGCGACGAUGACGGCGCCAUCGUGUCGCACUCUGCCGAGAGGGUCAAGCAGGUGGCCGGCUUCGUCGGCGUUGGCCUCUGCAUUGGCAUCUUCAUCUACCUGCUGCAGGUGGCCCGCAAGGCGGUCGAUGAGCUCGACGACGAAGGCUGCGACGACGGAUGCGACGACGGCGAGGCCUCGGAUCUGGGCGAGUCGGACGACCUGCUUUCCGGAGACUCGGGCGACGAGGGCGGCGGCGGUCAAGCCAGGGAGAGCGACGGGGUCGGGAUGGACAUGCGGGAGCGGUACGGGCCGGGCAGCCAGGGCUUCCGCAACGGCUAUGCUCCGAUCCUGGGCUCGGCCGAGGAGCGCCUGCGCGAGCAGAUGCGCCACUCUGUGGUGUCAUUUGAACACCCGCACUCGUCGCACUCGAUGGAGGACGUGGGCAGCGCCGGCGGCAGCGGCGGCGGACCAUCGAUCGACCUGGCCGAAAAGAUCGCCGAAAUGGAGGCGCACGCCGAAGGCAUGGGGCUGGAGGGCGUGUCGGGUAGCCAGGCCGAUGGCGGCGGCGUCGGCGUCGGCGGCCUGCCCGACUGGCUCCACGACGCCGAGUCGCCGUCGAGGAGCGACUAUUCCGAAGACGAGAGGCGCGGGUAG